AUGGAUGGACAACGACAGACAUACGUGCCGGCACCCCCGCCCCCUUCGAUGGCGCAAGCUUCCCAAUCGCAUAUGGUAUCUUUACCCCCACCUCCGCCCCGGCAUCCGCCAACACAAACCCAGGGCUUGAUGCUCCCACCGCCGCCUGGGCCACCCCCUGUCACGGGCUAUGGCGUUCCUACGAAAAUUCCGAAUCCCCAAAUGCAACACCCAAAUAAUCUUGGGUGGCAGCCGAAUUGGAGACCAGCCAUGCCUCAAACGAUGCCUCAAGCAUUUCCUCCGCCUCCACCGCCGCCGCCUUUGAUUCCGGCAAACCAGGCGCAGAAUCAGCAUUUGGUAUACGGUCGCCAACCAGCUCCUUUGUCGAUACCUCCUACACAACACCAUCAUAAUGAAGGUCAGCCGUUGACGUCCGCGACAUAUAUCCCGGUAGGCGAUACUUUUGGACCGGGUGUUGGGAUUCCUGCAUACGACACUUAUAACAGCUAUACUCUUAGCGGGGACAGACAUAGAAUUCCGACCAAUCAUUUAUACGAGCAUCCUAGUGCAGAUUCCUCUCCGUACAAGAGAGAAGCGACAGUUCCACACACGCCGUCAUCCCGCAAUGUUCCUCCUUCGUCAAUUGCCCUGCACGACAAUGUCCAUGAAUUGACCUCCCCUCAAUAUACCACUGCAACACUUCAGAGCCAACACCCACAGAGCGCGGUCCAGGCUACUGAUUUGUCGAAGUCGCCUAGCCACCGCCACAACAGUAGUAGCACAUCCCUUGGAGGAAUGUCGCCCAGCGAGGCUGCAGUUCAAUGGCCUCUGCAUCGAGUGCUAUUGUGGCUUGCUAAGAAUGCAUUCUCCAACGACUGGCAAGAGACAUUCAAAGCUUUGGAGCUCCAGGGAGCUGAUUUCCUUGAGCUGGGCCAUGGAUCAAAUGGCCGAGGCAAUUUUGGGAAGAUGCACCAGGUUGUUUAUCCCCAACUGGCAAAGGAAUGUGAGAAGAGUGGGACAGCAUGGGACCAGGUGCGCGAACGGGAGGAAGGAAAACGUAUGCGCAGGCUGAUCCGCGAAAUCCAUGAUGAUGGGAGCCAUGAGACUGGAUUCCCUACCCAAAAGCGACAAGAACCCCAGCCUUUCCCAGUCAGUGCUACUGCUGAAAGAGGGGUCGAGGCUUCGCCUAAAGUCACUCAUGAACCACUCUCUGCUGGUCCUCACACUGGUAGCCCUGGUCUCAAAGCACCCCAACUUCAUAAUAAUAGGAACAGCGGGCAAAUGCGCUCUGUUACGCUGCCAAUCUCGACUAAUUAUGACUCUUCCUCUUUAGAGCCCAACUCGCACGAGGCUACAACAUGGUCUCGAUCAGAAUACUCACGAAAUCUAUUGGCGACUCUUGGUGGUGAUCAUCGAAAAAGUCCCUCGGUCUCUAGCGACGGUGGUCAAUUUUCGGCUGCCCGGCCCUAUGAUAGUCCUAAAAGUGGUAGCCCGGCUACACAGCAUGCUUCUCUUGCAUACCAAGGGUUGACAUCGUCAUCUACUGGUGAUUUGAGUGUGAAAUUUGAUCACUCCCGAGGAAAUAGCACUGAUUCGACAACUGGUGCAAGCCGAGGCCACUCGGGUCGAUACUAUGAAGGACGCAAGCAUGGACAAGACAACUCUCGCCCGCAGGAUUCGUUUAGUCGCCAGUGGAGUGCGGAUAAUCCCUCGUCUUAUUCCAAGGAGCAUAGCAAAGGAAUCUUGAAUAUCUUCAAAAAGAAACAACCCAAAGCCAGCGAAUCCACUCACCCGUCUCCAGAAGAGCAGUAUUUGGAGUCCCCAACAAGCCCAGUUUACUCUCGCCAUCACAACUCUCACUUCCCUUACAUAAGACCGAGCUACAGCACGAGUGAUGUAUCAUUGGCAGAGCGUCCGCUGUCUACGUCUAUGUCGGAUAACGAGAAAACGGCGGGACGAGUUAAGCCCGGACAAAAGGGCAAAAAGUGGGUUUUUGUCACUCUGGAUGGAUGGAACUAUCGUCUGGUGGACAUCACAGAUUUGGAUUCCGUAGAAAUGUUGCGCGCCGCAAUAUGCCAAAACCUUGGAAUCACAGAUUGGGCUGGUGCUCAAAUUUUCUUAACUGAGGCCGGACAGACUGAACAUGAGGAUCCAUUGAACGACAGUACGCUGGCUAUCUACCGGCGAACAAAAUCCGAUUCUGUUGGUUCUUUGAAACUGUACGUGCGCGGAGCGAAUAUCCACUCCGAGGCGAACGGUCAACCGCACUUCGCUGGCUUGGGUGUCUCUAUUCUAGAUAAGGCCACGGCGUCGCCAACAACGGGACAGCAUCACUUACAUCGCAAACCGCUUGAUGAUGAAGCUCUCAGCAGGGUCUCCCCGCGUCACCAAGCCAGGCCAGGCUCUCCUCAAUCUGCUACGCGUCAACAGCAAGCGAGAACCCCCACCGGAAAGCUUCCUGCCCGUGAUAUAUCACAGACGUUCGUCGGAGUAUCUCCAGUGGACGGUGGCCGAGAAGCAUCGCAAAAUCUUGAUCCAGAGAAAGCGGACUUGCUUGCACGCCACGAAGAACAUAAACGUGACGUUGAGCGAAAGCAAAGAGCACAUAAUAUCACCAAAGUACCACCUACGCAACAGUCAAGAAAGGAUGCAUAUGGCGAGACUGGAUAUAGACGUGAAGGGGUUAUCGACUUUGACUCUCCCCGGAUCUCACCGUAUGAGGAUAAGAAGGCAGAGACUCUCGUCCCACUGCGAAAGCCCCCUUCAGCGCCCCAUGAGUCCAACACCCUCACCAAAGUUAACUCUCUCAGGAAGAAAGACUUUGAUCGUACCCGUCCUCAGCCAGCGCCCCAGGGCGGCCUUGGAGCUGCUCUGGCUAGUAUGGGUAAAAUGACCAGUACAAUUGGAAACCCAUCACCAGCUGUUCCGGCCGGCACAGCCAGUCAGCACAGUGACGCUGGAAGGCCCUCUUCCAGUCGAAACACACCCGCAUUAGAUGAACCACGGAGCACUUCGUCAUUGUCGAAGGAACAGUGGAAUGACAGCACCUCGACUUUGCAAGUUGACGACCUGAAUGAUAAAAUUUCGUCCGGCGAAGAGCCAAAGCCGACAUUACAGUCUCGUAAAUCUUAUGGACCAGAGUUUGAUUUUGAAGAAACAAAGGUCUCUUUCCAACGUUCACCACAGCCACAGGAGGAUUCUGAUAAUGAUGAUUCUGAUGAUGACUCGGAUGACGGUCUUUUCGCGAUACCUCUAGCCAAUAACAAGCCCGAGGAGGUUACCAAAGAGGCUGCUCCCGAGUCCCCAGAGUCCGAGAAGAAAGCCGGAAGACCUUCCCUUACCUUGAAUACUGAUUCAAGAAUGCGCAAGGGGCUAUCCGUGACCUUUGAUUGUCCUAGCGCUACCGCUGAAAAUUUCCCCAAAUCUGGCAGCGAGGCUAACGAUGGAAGGGCACCUUUUUCUGGAAUGGUUGACUCCCCCGAAGAUGAGAAACUGAUCCGAAGAGGUUCAUUUGCUCAAGGCGACAUCUGGGCAAACAGACCCCCAGUUGAGGGUGUCAUAGACCGCCUAGACGAUUUCUUCCCUGAUAUCGACCUCGAUGCCCCCUACUUGGAAGGGCAUGGAAUGUCUCCUCCCACAUCACCGGCAAGCAGGCUUGCAGCUGAGAAUGAGGCGAGAGACAAGGAUGACGCUAUUCCUUAUAGUGGGCAACCAAGUCAUACUGCUAGUGACAUUUUGGGAUCCCCCGAGCCAACACUGAAAGCACAACGAGACCCCGGCAUCGUUGCUCGGCGUAACGUGACCCGCUCCGGUGGUGGUGGUGGGCUUACCCGCGGGAAAUCGAUUCGAGACGUUGCGAAAAGCGCCAAUCAAGCCAGUAGAAAUCGGAGUGUUACUGCUGCUACUAGCCAAAAGUCUGGUGGCGACAUUCUGCGCCGCAAGAGUACGAAGAUGUUCGGCGCAAAGAUUAUGCAAAUCCGCCCGAAACGCGGCAUGAGCCAACUUGACCCUAUUCCUCAGCACAAUCAUCCCCAACCCCAAGCACAAGCGCAAGCGGCGCAAGGAAACGUGCCACAGAGACAGCCUACUUUCCGCAUCGUCCGUGGUCAACUUAUUGGCAAGGGAACCUACGGAAGAGUGUAUCUGGGAAUCAACGCAGACAAUGGUGAGGUCUUGGCUGUUAAGCAGGUUGAGGUCAACCCAAGGAUUGCUGGACAAGAUAAAGACAAGAUCAAAGAAAUGGUUGCCGCAAUGGAUCAGGAAAUAGACACUAUGCAGCAUCUGGAGCAUCCCAACAUUGUGCAGUAUCUCGGAUGUGAACGUGGUGAACUUUCCAUCUCAAUCUAUCUCGAGUAUAUUUCUGGUGGUUCGAUUGGUAGCUGUCUUCGCAAACACGGCAAGUUUGAGGAGAGCGUCGUCAAGUCACUCGGCCAACAAGUAUUGAGCGGGCUGGCAUACUUGCAUGACCAAGGAAUUCUUCAUCGUGAUUUGAAAGCAGAUAAUAUUCUUUUGGAUCUCGAUGGAACAUGCAAGAUCUCUGAUUUCGGUAUUUCCAAGAAAACAGACAAUAUUUACGGAAAUGACUCAACGAAUUCGAUGCAAGGGUCAGUAUUUUGGAUGGCCCCCGAAGUCAUUCAGUCCCAAGGACAGGGUUACAGUGCCAAGGUUGACAUCUGGUCCCUUGGUUGUGUGGUGCUGGAGAUGUUCGCUGGCCGUCGUCCAUGGAGUAGAGAAGAGGCCAUUGGGGCUAUCUUCAAGCUGGGCAGCCUCAACCAAGCCCCCCCAAUCCCCGAGGAUGUUUCUAUGAACAUUAGCCCGGCAGCUCUUGCUUUUAUGUACGAUUGCUUCACAGUUGACAGCCUUGAUCGUCCAACCGCCGAGACUCUCCUCACCCGUCAUCCAUUCUGUGCACCCGACCCUAAAUACAAUUUCCUCGACACCGAACUUUACGCCAAAAUUCGCCAUGUCGUUUGA